GGCGGCGGGAGCCGGGAGCUGCCCUGUGGCGGCCACACGUGUGCGAGUUGCCAUGAUGGAAGUCAAAGCAAAACAAAAAUUCACAGGAAAAGGUACAAAGACGUCACAAGAAAAAAACAGAUUUUAUAAGAACAAUGAUUCUGGUUCCUCAAAGACAUUCCCAAGAAAAGUUGUUAAGGAAGGUGGACCUAAAAUCACAUCUAAGAACUUUCAGAAAAGUGCCACAAAACCAGGGAAAAAAGGUGUGAAACAGUUCAAGAGUAAGCAACAAGGGGAUAAAAUACCAAAGAACAAAUUCCAGCAGGCAAAUAAAUUCCACAAGAAGAGAAAAUUCCAGCCGGACAGUAAAAGUGAUGAAUCAGCAGCCAAGAAACCCAAAUGGGAUGAUUUCAAAAAGAAGAAGAAAGAACUGAAGCAAAGCAGACAACUAAGUGAUAGAACCAACUAUGACAUUGUUGUUCGGGCAAAGCAGAUUUGGGAGAUCGUGAGAAGAAAAGACUGUGACAAAGAAAAAAGAGUGAAGUUGAUGAGUGAUUUGCAGAAGUUGAUUCAAGGAAAAAUUAAAACUAUUGCAUUUGCACAUGAUUCAACUCGUGUGAUCCAGUGUUACAUUCAGUUUGGCAAUGAAGAACAGAGAAAACAGGCUUUUGAAGAACUACGAGAUGAUUUGGUUGAAUUAAGUAAAGCUAAAUAUUCCAGAAAUAUUGUUAAGAAAUUUCUCAUGUAUGGGGGUAAACCGCAGAUUGCGGAGAUAAUCAGAAGUUUUAAAGGCCACGUGAGGAAGAUGCUCCGACACGCGGAAGCCUCGGCCAUCGUGGAGUACGCAUACAAUGACAAAGCCAUUUUAGAGCAGAGAAACAUGUUGACAGAGGAGCUCUAUGGGAACACAUUUCAGCUUUACACGUCAGCAGAUCACCCAACUCUGGACAAAGUAUUAGAAGUACAGCCGGAAAAACUAGAGCUUAUCAUGGAUGAAAUGAAACAGAUUCUAACUCCAAUGGCCCAAAAGGAAGCUGUGAUUAAGCACUCAUUGGUGCAUAAAGUGUUCUUGGACUUUUUUACCUAUGCGCCCCCAAAGCUAAGAUCAGAAAUGAUCGAAGCCAUCCGUGAAGCGGUGGUGUACCUGGCGCACACACACGAUGGUGCCAGAGUGGCCAUGCACUGCCUGUGGCAUGGCACGCCCAAGGACAGGAAAGUGAUUGUGAAAACAAUGAAGACUUAUGUUGAAAAGGUGGCUAAUGGCCAAUACUCCCAUUUGGUUUUACUGGCGGCAUUUGAUUGUAUUGAUGAUACUAAGCUUGUGAAGCAGAUAAUCAUAUCAGAAAUUAUUAGUUCCUUGUCUAACAUAUUAAAUGACAAAUAUGGAAGGAAGGUCCUGUUGUACCUACUAAGCCCCCGAGAUCCUGCACAUACAGUACGAGAAAUCAUUGAAGUUCUGCAGAAAGGAGAUGGAAACGCACACAGUAAAAAAGAUACAGCGAUCCGGCGCCGAGAGCUCUUAGAAUCCAUCUCCCCGGCUUUGUUAAGCUACCUGCAAGGUCACGCCCAUGAAAUGGUGCUAGAUAAGUCUGCCUGUGUGUUGGUGCCUUGCAUUCUGGGAGCUGCCAUUGGAGACGCUCAACCUGCCAUGAAUGCCGUCGCCAGCUUGGCAGUAGCAGAACUGCAUCCUGGUGGCAAGGAUGGAGAGCUUCACAUUGCAGAACAUCCUGCAGGACACCUUGUUUUGAAGUGGUUAAUAGAGCAAGAUAAAAAGAUGAAAGAAAACGGAAGAGAAGGUUGUUUUGCAAAAACACUUGUAGAGCAUGUUGGUAUGAAGAACUUGAAGUCGUGGGCUGGUGUAAAUCGAGGUGCCAUUAUUCUUUCUAGCCUUCUCCAGAGUUCUGAUCAAGAAGUUGCAAGCAAAGUCAAAGCUGGACUGAAAAGCCUGAUCCCCACAUUGCAGAAAAACAAAAGCACCAGCAAAGGAGUAGAAAUGCUGCUUGAAAAACUGUCUGUGUAGAUGGAAACAAUUAACAAGAUGGAAUCAUUGUUUCUCGUCUGAUCUGUUUUCCCAGAGUGGAGAGAAGGGCUAGGGGUCCACCACACUGGUAAUUUGUGUACUUGGUGUAUGUGCUUCUUCUUUGUAUAAGACUUUAUUUAUAAAAUGUUUUCUAAAAAUGCCCUUUUAAAAAAGAAUUCCAGCCACCUUCUUUAUCAUCUUGAGUAGUAAGUUCAUCGCAGUGUGAGGCAGUGAUGUAAACGGUUUAAUGGUCAGAUGCAGUGGGACCAAGCAAAUACAUAGAAAGUGGUUGCAUGAGUUGCUUCAGGGGAAGACAUCCUUUGUGAGCAGCAGCCUGAGAAGGCUCCAUGGAGGGGGUGGGACUUGAGAGGGCCUCAGAGGAAAGCAGGAUGUAGAAAAGAAGAGCUAAAGGGAGUUUUGACGGCAGUGAGGUAGGACUUAAUGGUUGUGAACUGAACUUCAGGAACUGUUCACCUUAGGGCUUUGAUGGAUGCAGGGAGGGAAGCGUACCCUGCAUCCAGGGCAGCCACAUUCCUAGCUGCCUUAUGAAUUGCGUUCCACAUUAGAUUUUGUUUGAAAGCUACUCGAGGAAAUUAGGGCUAAUAGGGAGAAUGUGUUAGGUGAGUUAGGGGAUCACAAUGGGUAGCGUUGUUAAGGUCAAGGUCACCGGGAAAAUCUGUCUAUCUUUGGAUCUGGGCUUUCCCUAUAAAUAGUUUCCUUUGAUGAAAUUUUCUUCUUUGGGACUGUCCCUAAAGUAGUUGAAAUCUAUAGGGUUUGAGUUAGGAAGUAGAUGCUAAUUUGUUAACAGUGCAGAAGUUUUAAUUACAUUCAGUUAGGAUGUUUAAAUUAUAUAACUGCACUUGGUAUUUAGCAACAAAGCUUGGAAGGUUUGGUAGAUCAUUCAUGCUCACGGAGCCCUCCCUGACUACCUUACAUAUCAAGCCUUGAUGCUUUCUCCAAGUAGCCUGCUGUAACAUGAUGCCCACUAGGGUCUGUCACUGUAACUACACUUGCAGGAGAAUUGCUGGGCCUUUUCUGACAAGACAACAGUGUCCCAGGACUUUACCUGCCACCUUCUCCUGCCUGGAACAUUGAACUCCACCCAAAGCAAAAGAGCUGACCCAUUUGUACUUCUCUUUGGCAUGAAUCCCCUUAACCCCCACUACCCAGACCCCUGCCACCAGCCCAGUGUAAGGGUGGAGGUGGGACAACUGGGGGAAUGGGAUGGGUCAAGGAGGUGAAUGGGGGGAAAGGCAACAUCAGAGCACAUUGUGAGUUUGUGUUUUCCAUAUAAAAAGCCCAUUCAGAAAGUGGGGGGAACCCUACUAUUUUCUGUCUAUGAGACUAAAAAAAUAAAGUGAAAUACAGAAUGUUAAAAGUUAGAGCACUAUCUAUACUAAUAAUAGAGGAAUAUGCAAAUUGUCUGGGAUGCCAUCACACAAUGACCGAACAGCAGG